CCCCUUUGGGGCUCGCGGCCGUUUGGCCGCCGCCCGCGGGCGUGGGCGCCGCUGCUCGUCCGCGUCGGCAUGGGCCGUCUGGCGCCGCAGCGCUCCUUGCUCGAGAGCGCCGGGCCGGAGGGCGCCAGCGCAGCCCGGCGAGCGGCCCCGGCGCGGGCCUCCUGCGGCGCAGCGGCGGAGUGCGACGGGCGAUCCGCCGAGGGGGCGGGCCCGGAGGACCCCGAGAACGGCUUGCUGCCGGAGGGCAGCGGCGACCCCGCGGAGAGCCCGAGGAGCGCGGACGGCGGGUGCGCGGCGCGGGCGGCGGCGGGGCCGCGCGGCCUCUCCCGGGACCUGUGGGGCGGCAGCGGCGGCGCCGCCCGCGAGCCGGGGCGGCUCCGGGUGCUCGGCCCGCGCGCGGGCGCGACCUACUCGGGCCAGACGGCGGAGGGCAGGGCGCACGGCUGGGGGCUGCUGAGGCUGCCAGGCGGGGGCACGUUCGAGGGCACGUUCGCGGACGACCGAGCGAACGGCGAGGGCACUUGGAGGGGCAGCGACGGCACGGUGUGCGCGGGCCAGUGGGCCGACGACGCCCAGCACGGGGAGGGCACUGAGGCGCUGCCGAGCGGCAGGACGUACACUGGCAGUUUCCGGCACGGGCUGAAGCACGGCCACGGCAUGUACGAGUGGAAGGACGGCUCCAUGUACGACGGUCAGUUCGUCGGCAACCGCAUGGAGGGCCGAGGGGUGUACAUCUGGCACUGCGGGGACUCGGGGAGGAAGUACGAGGGCGAGUGGCUCGGGGACAGGAUGCACGGCCAGGGCAGGUAUGCCUUCUCCUGCGGUGCCAGCUACCAGGGCCAGUACAGGUACGGCCUGAAGCACGGCCGCGGGACGUUCAGCUGGCCGGACGGGUGCACCUACAUUGGCCAGUGGAGGCGCGGCAAGCAGGACGGGCACGGGGCGAUGAUCAGCGCGAUCGACCAGAUCGUCCAGGGCAGGUGGGAGCGCGGCCGCCUCGCACACGAGACCAGCGGGGGCGACCGGCGCCGCCGCGGUGGCGGCGACUGGCGCUGCCUCCCGGGAGGCGCCUCAGGGCCCGACCUCACCGCCGGGGCCGCGCCUCCGCAGGGCGGUGGCUCCGCCGCCGCCCGGUCGCGCGUGUCCCCGGCGCCCGCGAGGCCGCCUCCCGGGAUGCACUGGCGCGGCUGCUUCUCCGGCGCAUUGCGGGAAGGAUGCAAGCAUGCGAAGGUAGAACGCGACUGCGUGCCUGACGACCAGCCAGGUCUCCCUGCAGGGUGCACGGGCACAGUGGGACACAGCCUCGCGCCCUCGGGCCCCAGACGUGGAUGUUCGGGCUCGUCCGACCUGCAGCCCAGCGGGGGGGACGUGGAGGAGGUGCCCCACCAGACAGAACUCUUUGCACAGGUCUUCGAGGGCACAGUACGUCACAGUUCUCCAUCCUCGGGCCCCAGACGCCAAUGUUCGGGCUCGUCCGACCUGCAGCCCAGCGGGGGGGACGUGGAGAAGGAGCCCGACCAGACAGGUUUCUCUGCACGAUCAAUCGCGGGCACAGUGCGUCACAGCUUGCCGCCCUCGGACCUCGGACGCCCAUGUUCGAGCUCGUCCGACCUGCAGCCCAGCGGGGGGGACGUGGAGGAGGUGCCCGAGCAGACAGGUCUCUCUGCACGUUCAGCAGCGGGCACAGUGCGUCACAGUCUUCCGUCUUCGGACGCCAGACACCGACGUUCGGGCUCGUCCUUCUUGCACCCCAGCGGGGAGCACGUGGAGGAGGUGCCCGAGCAGACAGGUCUCUCUGCACGGCUAAUGGGCACAGUGCGCGACGGCGUCGCGCUAGUGGGCCUCGGACGCCGAUGCGCCGGCUCGUCUGGCCUUGACGCGGCGGACGUGCCCGACCACCCGGGCCUCUCUGCCCGGCUCAUAGGCACAACGCCACACGGAGACACGUUCUCGGAACUCGGAGUUCGCCCCGGAGUGUACGCCUCGAGCACGGUGCCGGCGCCCUCCGCGAUGCUCUCCGCGAUGCCUUCCUCGGACGUGCAGGCGAUGCUCCUCGCGGACGUGCAGGCCCAGGUGGCGGUCAUGGAGACGCCACGUGCCCGGCAGUGGCCGCGCGCGGGGCUCUUCGGGCGGCGUUCGGGUGGAUGCUCGCCGCGCGCCUCGCCGCGGCAGGUGUGGAUUUAG